AUGUCGGAUUCGCCAGAAAACGGGCUUGGCACGAGCGGCCACAAACGCCCUCGAAGCGAUGAUGCUGAUGGAGAUGAUGUCGCGCCCCAGCAGGAUAUCCCCGAUAAUGCGAGCGUCCCCAAGCCUAAACGAUUGGCGUGUAUGAUAUGUCGGAAGCGCAAGCUCAAGUGCGAUGGAGUCCGACCCAGUUGCAGCACCUGUUCUCGCCUCGGCCACACUUGCGCCUACGAUGAGCAGCGGAGGAAAAGCGGCCCCAAGCGUGGUUAUGUCAAGGCCCUCGAAGAGCGACUGAAACAAGUCGAAACCCUCUUGAAAACACAGGAUCCUCCUCAGAAUAUCCCCAAGAGCAUCAACGUUAUUGCCGCUCCGCCUCAAACAGCAUCCCCUAUCAAUCUCAGUAUUCCGAACGCGCCCAUAAACUUAAUAGGAGACCACAAUAUGGAUCAGCACUGGAACUUCCCUGAUAAGUCACCGCAGCCAGGUACCAUGGACGAUUUCAACUUCAACGCCAGCUUGGACAUGGGCAUGAAUAAUGUUGGUAGCACUUUCACGUGGGAAAUGAUUGGCCUAGGCCUCGAAGAACCUCUGCCGCCUCAAGAUACCAUUGAUGAGCUCCAUCAGAUAUAUUUUGAGAAAGUCCAUCCAUCUAUCCCAAUGAUCCAUAAGUACCGUUAUCUUGCCGCUAUGAAUCUAGCUCCGAAUCAACGGCCGCCUGUUUGUUUGCGGUAUGCCAUGUGGACCCUCGCAUGUACCAUCACAGAUAAGUUUGCAGACUUGAAAGAUCUGUUCUACCGAAGAGCACGGAAGUACGUUGAAGCGGACUACAUCAAAGGAUACGGAGAACACAUGAUUUCCAUCGCUCAUUGUCAGACACAUACUCUUCUGGCUUCCUAUGAGAUGAAAAUGAUGUACUUUCCCCGAGCUUGGAUCAAUACUGGCUCUGCCAUCCGUCUUGCUCAGAUGACUGGACUUCAUAGACUAGACGGGACAGGUCUUGAUGUAAAACAAUGCCUCGCACCCCCCAAAGACUGGACAGAGCGAGAAGAACGACGUCGAACGUUCUGGAUGGCUUUUUGUCAAGAUCGUUACGCCAGCAUCGGCACUGGAUGGCCCAUGACUAUUGAUGAGCGUGACAUCAUGACCAAUCUUCCUGCUUCAGAAGAUGCCUUCAACAUGAGCAGGCCCGAGCAGACGCAAUCACUAACAGAAUGCACCAGUCCAAUGGGCGCGGGCAAGUUAUCCCCCUUUGGUGGCAUCGUGCUCAUGGCCUGCCUGUUCGGCAGGAACUUGGUGCAUUUACAUCGCCCCGAUGCUGAUGAUCUCGACCACGACCUUAACGGUCCUUUCUGGAAGCGUCAUCGUCAGAUGGACAAUAUACUUCUCAACACAUCUCUCUGUCUCCCACCCCAACUCAAGCUUCCCAUUGGCCUAUCAAAUCCUAAUAUCGUUUUUACGAACAUGAGCAUCCAUACCUCGACCAUCUGUCUGCACCAAGCGGCUAUCUUCAAGGCAGAAAAGAACAAACUGCCUGCGUCGGUCAGUGCUGAGAGCAAAGUACGAUGCAUCACAGCUGCCAAUGAGAUUGCUAGCAUCAUGCGCAUGAUAUCCCAUAUGGAUCUUUCAACAGUUAACCCGUUCAUCUCCUUCUGUUUAUACGUCUCUGCACGAGUAUUCGUGCAGUAUCUCAAGAGUCGACCAGAUGAUAGCCAAACCGCCGAUUCGUUACGAUUCUUGCUCUCAGCGAUGAAUGCGCUGAAGCGUCGCAAUCCACUAACCGAGUCGUUCCUUGUUCAGCUCGACGUGGAUCUGGAAGCUCUUGCACUGAGAAUACCUAAGCUUAAGACCGCUUUCCCACGCAACAACGAAAUUCCUAUCGCCACAGGAGCGCCCAGAGGUGCCAAGUGUGACAACCCUGAGGGAAUGCAAGGCAUAGCGGCGUAUCGAAACGAAUGCACCUUUAUGAACCCCACUGGAGACGACAGAAACCCGCCGGAUGUUGUUGAGCCGGAUGUACCGAUGGCAACCACAGAUGGCAGCUUUGGGACACAGGGUUGGAUGUCAGCAGAACAACAGCUACCGAUCCUUACACCCAGUUCGGGAGCAACGUUUGAGAAAAACGGAUCAGGAAGUCGAGCCGUGUCGGGUUUUGGGGACAUGACUGGGGACAGCCAGGAUGCUUCAGGAUCGCCAGAUGGAAUGCAAUCGAGCCGGCCAACACCAAAUUCGAGCACAGGAUCUGAUCAGCGGAACCAUCUGGCGCCUGGGCAGUUGAACGGAUCAGGACACAAUUCAUUCAAUGCGAGCCCUAUGUCGCCAAACCAGACCCUGAUGAACCCGGGUAUACUCGAUGGGAACACUCAAGGAUUCUUUGCAGAUACAUCCGGAUUCAGCAUGCCAACAGGGUUAGACCAGAACGGGGGGUUUACAAUGCCAGAUGGGUGGGCGGACAUUCAAGGGCAAACCGGAGUACCCCAGGUUGGUGAGGGAGUUCUGAGGGCGUUGAUGAAUAUGGGACCCAUGGAUGCCAUGGAUUUGGGAACGUGGGAAACAAGGGAUACCUGA